UCUCCGCCACUCUCAAGACUCUGGCACUCCAGCACGUCCAGCAGUAGACAGUCACUUUCGUUUGCCUUUUUGGGGUUUUGCAUGUAAUUUAUCUCCUUCAGUUUUUAACCAGAAUAGUGAAGAUUGGUUCAAGAUGGCGGACGAUGAACUGCAAGCAAUCAGGGCACAGAGGAUGGCCGCAAUGCGUCAACAGCAACAACAGAACCACGGAGAUCCGAAUCAAGCUGCCCAGAAACAAGAAGAUGAAAGAAAGCAACAAGAGGAUAUGAAAAAUAGCAUCUUGUCACAAGUUCUUAAUCAGCCUGCUAGAGCACGAUUGAACACUAUUAGACUUGCUAAACCAGAAAAGGCAGCCAUGGUGGAAAACUUGCUUGUUAAUAUGGCAAGACGAGGACAGAUUGGAGGCCAGUUGGGGGAAACUGAACUUAAAGGUUUGCUGGAACAAGUAAGUCAGCAAACCAAACAAGAAACGACCGUCAAAUUUGACCGGCGGCGAGCUGCGCUCGACGAUGAUUGAAUGAAAAUACGAAUUGGUUCUCUAGACCUUUUGGUUCUGUACAUACUUUCCUUUUUGAUGAUUUGCUGAAAAAGUCUGAAAUACACAGUCUUAAGCUUCUUCCAAAUAA